CAUUUAAAUGUCACUAACGUCAUGCAAGAAAAGAAUGUUUGUUUUUGUAGCUUUGUGAUCUACUCAUAUUUUUUGUACUUGAUAACACUGCUGUUGUGAUACGUUAUCGGGCGAUUCAAACCCUGGGUCGCACAUUUAAAUGGUCAAAGCAACUGUCACUUAAGAAGUCUCUGUUUAAAUUAAUGUUUGUGAAAGUGUGUAAUUUUAUUGUUGCCCCUGUGAAAACAACGUGACCAUGACUGAUCCAACUGACGUAUAAUCCAGUGUUAACAGUCAAUUUCGAGAUCUAAUUAAAGCACGAUUUAAAAAAAUGGGCGACGUUUUAAUGGAAUGCAUGGAAAUUUUUUCGCAAGAUGGGGUCCAGCUGAAGUCGGCUCAAGCCACCUAUGUGAAUUAUUUGAAUCUUGUGGGUACGUUGUACAUAACAGAAUAUGCCAAUUCCAACUGCAAAAGGUGUCUCGAGUGGAAACCAAACGAUGUUACUGUGGAUUCGGAUGUGCAGGAUCAGGAAUGGGCAGUUGUCAAUACCGUCCAAAAAAGAUCAAGAACAUUCAGCGAGAGUCAGCCCCCUGACGCUUCAACUAGACCUAAGUUUUUAAAAGUCAAUUUUAAUGAUAUCAAGAGUUUCAAGAUUUCCAAUAAAAACCGACAACUUACUAUAUUCGAUGGAAAAUCAGAAGUGACAUGUUGUUUCAUAUUUCAACACGGAGAUUGCGAUUAUUUACUAUCCCUCAUGCGAGGUUUACUGAAGACUGUAUCUGCUAAAAGAGAUAAACAUCUGUAUAUUGUUAUUCAUGGGGAUGACCCAGAGACAGCUCAGCUGGAUAAAUCUUUUGCUGAAUUAAAUAUUUUUCAAGACAGCAGCCAUCCAUCAUGGUGGAAACUAGUUAAAAAUUUUCAAGAGAGGCCUUAUGAAACCACGUUCGAAACAUUUUCAAGGGUUACGGAUUUUGUUUACAGAAGCCCUGAUCAAAGAGACAUCGAUGACGAUCAAAGAGAACUACUGCAUCGAAGUCUUACAGAAUACGCCAGCACACAUUGUCAAGGUGACUACGAAGUAAUAGCCAAAGUUCCUGAACUUCCCGAACGGAAGGACUACCCAAGAGGUCGCCCCUUAAGUACAGAACAAUGGAAAAAUCUCCAAAACCACGAGGGCAAAUUAGAAGACGUAGACCAAAUAAAAUUAAUGAUAUUCCGAGGGGGAGUCGCGCCAAAUUUACGUUACGAAGUAUGGAAAUACCUUCUGGAUUACUUUCCUUGGGACAGUACUCAAGUGGAACGACAAAAGUUGCUCUGCGAGAAAAACGACGAAUAUUACAAUAUGAAACUGCAGUGGAAACGUAUGACCAGAGUACAAGAAGAUAAUUUUUCGGAUUUUAGAGAACGGAAAAAUUUGAUAGAGAAAGAUGUAAAUAGAACAGAUAGAACAUUGGAUUUCUAUGCUGGAGACAAUAAUCCCAAUCUACAGUUACUUUAUGAUAUUCUUAUGACAUACGUGAUGUACAAUUUUGAUUUGGGUUAUGUGCAAGGUAUGAGCGAUCUUUUGUCGCCGAUUUUACACCUUCUCAAAAACGAGGUGGAUGCGUUUUGGUGUUUUGUAGGAUUUAUGAAUAAGAUUAACAGUAAUUUUGACAUAGAUCAAGCGGGAAUGAAAGAACAACUACAAAAUCUUCACACUAUACUAGGUUUUAUUGAGCCGCAACUAGUGAACUACUUAGACAAACAUGACUCUGGCAACAUGUUCUUUUGUUUUCGAUGGUUGCUCGUUUGGUUUAAAAGAGAGCUAAGCUUUGAAGAUGUAAUGAGAUUAUGGGAAGUGUUAUGGUCUGGACUACCUUGUGAUAAUUUUCAUUUACUCGUUUGCGUUGCGAUAUUAGAAACAGAGAAGCAAGCACUUAUGGAAAAUAAUUACGGUUUUACGGAAAUAUUGAAGCAUAUAAAUGACUUGUGUGGAAAACUUGACGUUCCAGCUAUAUUAGUGAAAGCUGAAGGAAUAUUUCAUCAAAUAAAAGAAGCCGAACAUUUAACAGAUAAUAUUAGAGUUAUUUUGGGUUUACCACUCGUAGGCACGCAACCAUCGACUGAAGAGGUUAUCAGUAUCAGUCCAGAUAGUCCUGAUGAAGAUCCUUAUGAACAAGUUUAUAACACUAUGCAACAUAUUAUCACAUAAUAUUAGCAUAAAAUGCUUUAUUAGGUUUUAGGUAUUUAUACUUUUUUAGAACUUCUAGUUGCGUGCGUUUUUAGUGUUUUAAUAUUAUUAUUAAGGCGAUGCAAUUUUGUAUUAUCAAGCGAAUGUCUUGACAUGUCUUGACAAAUUUGUUUAAAGCAUGAAUAUUAAUUAUGUAAACUAUUAAUUUAUGUACAAACGUUGUAUGUUUAGUGUUGAUUGUGUGGUAUAUUUUAUGAAGUGGUACAAUAAUAGUCAUGAAAUUUUAUUGCCUUUAAAAAUUCUGUGGCAGCAUGUAUUAUCUACGUUGUAACUUUAUGGCAAAUAGAUAU